AUGCAUCUGCAGCUUCCCCUGGUCCUCCUCGCCGCGCGCGUCGCGGCGCUCCACGCGCCGCCGUCGGCGCUGACCUCGCCGCGGUGCACCGCGCGACGGGCGAGCGCCCAGCCCGUGGCCUCGAAGCCUUCGAAGGACCCGUCGACGGCGCCGCCCGGCGCGCAUCGAUGCCGCUGGUGCGGCGGGACGUUCGUGUCGCGGAACGCCGUCUUCCGCCACCUGCGCGAGGCCGAGUCCUGCCGCGCUUCGGCGACGGCGGAGGACGCGCGCGCCCGGGAGGCGAUCUUCGCGCGCGCCCGGGACUUCACGACGACCUUGCUCGUCGGCUACGUCGACGCGUCCGGCGCGGACGCCGAGCGGCUCGUCGCCGCGGCGACGGGCGCGUCCAGGACGACGCGCGCGUCGUCGUCCAAGGCCCGCGGCCGGUCCGCGGCGCUCGAGAGCGAGCUGCGGGCCGCGUCGCGCGACGUGAUUUCGAUCACGGCGCCCGCGCCCGUCGCGUCCACGGCCGACCUCAACGCGCGGCUCCCGCCCAACGUGCGCGUGCUCGACCGCGCCGACGGCGAGCGCGUCCACGCGGAGGCGUCGGCGACGCAGCGCGCGUACCACUACCUCGUGCCGCUCUCGUGGCUCGGCGUCGAGAGGGCGGGGGGUUUAGUGGGCGAAGAGAUCGGAGCGUCGCGCGGCAAGUUCGGCGCGCUGGGCACGGCGCACGUGUCGCGGAGCGACGGCGGCCUGCCCGAGGACGUGCGCGCCGCGCUCCAGGGCUUGAAGGCCGCGCUGAAGGAAGCAACUCGGACCAAGGGCGCGUGGCACAACUUCGCGGACCCGUCCCUCGACGGCGGCCUGCUGUCGCCGUUCUCCGCGGCGACGCGGACGCGGCUCCACCGCUGCCGCGCGGCCGAGCUCGUGGAGGUCGACGGCGCGACCUUCGCGCGCGCCCGCGUCGUCGUCGAGGUAAGAGGCCGCGGCUUUUUGCGGCAGCAGGUCCGGCGCGUCGUCGCCGUCGCCGUGCUCGCCGCGCGCGGCGCGCUGCCGGCGGACGCCUUCGAGGUGCUCACGCGGCGGGACGUUGUGCUGCCGACGCCCCUGCCGCCGGACCUGGCCUAUUUCGCGGGCGCGCGCUACGACUUCGUCGAAAAGCGCGGCGCCGGCGACCUCUUCGCGGGCGGCGGCGCCACGGACGCCUGGCAGCGCGACCUGCGGAGCGCCGUCGCCGCGCGGUCGUCGGCCGCCUGGCUCCGCGACUUCGAGGCCGGCGAGGGGCCGGCGCUCCGCGCGGAGCUCGCGGCGCUCGCCCGCGACGGCCUCGACGCGGUCGUCGCCGCGGAGAGCGACGCCGACUUCCUCGACGCCGCCGACCUGUCGCCGGCGCCCGCGGUCUACGGAGACGCGCUCGCCGAGCUGCGGCGCGCGUCCGACUCGGGCCGGUGGCCAAAAACGUCGCUCGCGCGGUCGAAGCUGAUCAAGCCCGGCGACGACGCGGCGUCGUUCACGCUGUCGCGCGGCGGCGGCGGCUCGCGCGCCGACGCGCUGUUUCCGGCGCUCGCGGAUGCCGUCUUCGCGUUGGAGGAAGCCAUCGCGCCGGGCCGGCCGCCGUCGACGCGCUGCGCGGUGAACCGGCGCGCGGCCUUCGCGCCGCACGUCGACUCGGGCGAGGGCCACGGCCAGAGCACGUCGCUGAUCGUCGGGCUCGGGGACUUCUCCGGCGGAGAAUUAGCCGUGGAGCGGCGCGUGUCGGACGUGCGGUACGCUCCGUUGGAGUUCGACGGCUGGCGCGAGCGCCACUGGACGCUGCCCUUCAAGGGGGAGCGGUAUAGCCUCGUGUUCUUCACGCCCGCGGCGCCGCGGGCGCGGCGCUCCGCCGACGACGCCGCGGCGGCGGUCCUCGCCGGCCGGGCCUCCUUCGCGUACCGGCCGGGCUCGAGCGACGCGCUCGCGAUCGUCGAGGUCCUCGGCGACGGCUGCUACGCGACGCCGCCGCCGUCGCUCGACUUCGACUUCUCGCCCGCGGGGCGGACCGUCCUCGACGGCGGCGCCCACGUCGGCGCGUUUUCUCGCUACGCGCUCGACGAAGGCGCGAAGCGCGUCGUCGCCUUCGAGCCCGAGCCGUCGAACGCGGCGUUGUUCCGCGAGAACAACCCCGGCGCGGAGCUGGUCGAGGCGGCGCUCGUGGACGGCGCCUCGGGCCGCGCGACGCUCGUGCUGGGGGCGGACCAGCGCGGCGAGCGGAACACGUGGCGCCACGCGCUCGACGGCCUCUCGCACUACGUCGACGCGACGGAGCGGGUCGGCGUCGACGCCGUGUCCUUCGACGAGGCGCUCGACGGCGUCGACUUUGUGAAAUUGGACGUGGAAGGCGCGGAGAUGGCGAUUCUAGCCGCGGACCGCGAGUGGCGCGGCGUCGAGCGGCUCGUCUUCGAGUGGUCCUUCACGAAGAAUCCGGCCCUCGCGCCGUUCCUCGUCGCCGUGCGCCGGCUCGAGGCCGCGGGCUUCGCCGUCGCCUACGACGGGAUGGGUACCUGGGACGCCGGCCCGACGUGGCCCGGCAGGACGGACGCGCUCGUCUUCUGCGCGCGGGAUAUUUAA